AUGUCCGCGUUGAAAGAAUCGUCCGACGUUCACAGCAUCGCGGAGGAAGAGGUCGAACGUCUAAAGAUCGAACUCGCUUCCAAGACGGAUGCCCUGAAGGAAAGGGAUCUGGACGUGGUUCGCUUGGAAUCGGAUCUGAAAGCCGCGAAGAGAAAGUCGGAGCAGCCACCACCUGAAGAGAGCGGACUCGAGCUGCAGCAAAAGCUGCAGGAAGCCGUCCGCAAACUGAAAGACCGAGAGAGAUCGCACGCCGACUUGGAAGAGGAGUUGGAAGAGAAAGACGACAAAAUCAGCGUGCUGAAGAAAGAGUCGACGCUCGCCAAGACAGCGAUGUCCAUGUACGAAAAGCGAGUGGACGUCUUGGAAGAAAACCUGAAAACGGCUUGCAAGCGAUACGACGAGGAAGUAAAAAGCAGACGGAUUGUGGAGGCGGCCGCGAAAAAUGCAGACGAGCACGCGCAAUCCAUGGCCGACAAGAACGUCGAAUUGCAGCGAGAACUGUUAAGACGGCAACCCGAAGAGUCGUUGUACGAAAUGGAAGUGAGCAUCGGAAAGAAGGAGGAGUUGCGGCGAGCGCAAUCCGAUCUGGAGGAGGAACGGAAGACGGUUCUGCGAUUGAAGAGUGCGAUCGAGGACCUGAAAAAGGACCAAACGCGUCAUUCGGAGGUUCUUCGAGAGAACAGAAACCUGAAGGAGGAGGUGGAAGCGAACGCCAGGAGGAUCGAAAGUAUCGACGACGAACUUCGCGCGUCAAAACGGACACUCGGCGACAGAGACAGACUGAUUUCGGACAAAGAUCGAGCGACGUCCAACUUGAAGAAGGAAAUCGCCACUCUCAGAGAGAAACUUCGUGCCGAAAAGGACAAGGUGGCGACAGCCGUGAAGGAACGCAGCGACGACGACGCCCGAAGUUCGUCCGAAAAGGCGAAGGCGAUCUUAGAUCUGGAAACGGCCAAGGCCGAUCACUCCGACAGGACUGAUAUUCUCCGGACGGAGAUUGCCGAUCUUAAGGAAAAGCUGGCCGAGGCCACACGACAGGAGUCUUCGCUGAUCAAGGAUGUCGAGAAAUUAACCGCACUGAAAGAUGAUAACGAAAAGGAGAGUAGGAGGAUGGAAAAGCAGCUUUCUGAUAAAGAUCUCACGGCUAUCUACUUGCGGAACGAGAUCGACACCCUGGAAGAGAAAAUGAAACGGAACGGAAGUAAGACGGACGAUCAAAUGACGGCCUACAAAGAAGAGAUUGAAAGAAACGCGAAGAAGAUGAAAGAGUUGGACGCUACGAUCGCGAAGAAGAUUCGAGAGACGGCCGGUCUCGAAGACGAGAUCGCCGUCCUCAAAGAAGGGAAGGAACGGGACGGACGGAAGAUAAAAGGAUUGGGGGUGCAGCUCGCUAACAAGGGACGCGAGGCGACCGCUCUUAAAGACGAGAUAGCCGCAUUGCAAACGGACCUCUCGAGAGCGCGCGAAGAAUGCACGGACGACCGGAGUUCCGAACUUUCCGUUCUUUUAGAAAAGACGAAAGACGAACUUCGACGGACGUCACGCGAUCUGGCGGCCGCCAAGGAAACCGAGAUCAGGCUUAAGGCGAACCACGAAAAAAUCUAA